AUGGCCCUGCUUGCAUCCUUACAACACAAGGCACGGUUUCAUGAGAUGAGGUGCAGUGUGGUGAGUUUCGGUCGCUCUGAUAAUAUUAAUGAGAAAAAUCAAUUACAUUAUAACCAGUUGAAGAGUGAAUACCCUGCAGGAUAUAAGAAUGAUCUUCGAAGAGUUGUGCUGAGUAAAAGGGACCCAAGCAAUGUACAGGCCAAGUUCAUGUUAUACAGUGAAGAAACAGACAAAGCAAAUAUGUGUCAGAUUGUGACACUUCAGCCAGACACUCUGGAGAAAUGUGCUUUCAAUGCUACUCUUCCUAUGGUGAUAAUAGUUCAUGGAUGGUCGGUUGAUGGUUACCUGGAAGCUUGGGUCCCAAAGAUGGCUUCUGCAUUUAAGUCAAGUAAAAAGCAAAUUAAUGUCAUCAUUGCUGAUUGGCUGACCUCUGCCCAUGUACAUUAUGCAGUUGCUGUGCAAAAUACUCGAUUUAUUGGACUAGAAAUAGCCGAAUUCCUAGAAUGGCUUGAGUCAUCUGUUCAGUUUCCAAGAAGUAAUGUUCACUUGAUUGGGUACAGCCUUGGAGCUCAUGUUUCAGGAUUUGCUGGCAGCUAUGUGAACGGAUCAAACAAGAUUGGAAGAAUUACAGGACUUGACCCAGCUGGCCCUUUAUUUGAAGGAAUGUCUGUAACAGAUCGUUUGUCUCCAGAUGAUGCAACCCUUGUUGAUGCCAUCCAUACAAACACACAACAGCAUAUAGGAUUAAGUGUUGGCAUUAACCAACCGGUUGGCCACUAUGAUUUCUAUCCUAAUGGAGGCAAUAUACAACCUGGCUGCCAGUUCAAAGACAUAUACAGCCAUAUAGUGGAGUAUGGUGUCCUUGGAUUCACUCAGUCAGUCAAGUGUGCUCAUGAGAGAUCAGUCAACUUGUUCAUAGAUUCUAUAAAGAAUGAAGACAAGAACAGCGUGGCAUAUGAAUGCAGAGACUAUGAAACCUUUGAGAAAGGCAUGUGCCUAAACUGUCAGAGACAUGGCUGUGUUUCCUUGGGGUACAAUCUAAGUUCAAAGAUACUGCCCCCCGGACGUCGACUCUUUCUGAAGACACGAGCACAAAUGCCAUACAAAGUUUACCAUUACCAGUUCAAGAUCCAGAUAACCAACCAAAUUGAGGAUAAGCAGUUGAAUCCACCAUUAACAAUUUCCCUGAUAGGAACCAAGCAAGAGGUUGACACCAUACCCUUAACUAUAGGUGAAGGUGUACUGGAAAGCAGAACCUACUCUUUCCUUAUUACACUACACAAUGACAUUGGCGACUUGAUGAUGAUCAGAAUAAAGUGGGAUGGCAUUAACAAUAUAAAGAAUUUAUGGUACACCAUUCAGACAAAGAUAGUCACCCUUCCAGGACUCCAAGUGAAGAAAAUACGAGUAAAAGCAGGAGAGACCCAGGAGAGAGUCACAUUUUGCUCAGAAAACAUCGACAACUUCCUACUACUUCCAGACCAAGAGAAGACCUAUGUAAGGUGCUCAAGUAAACUUAAGAGGAAAAAAUUCCAAAAGUUGUAAACAGAUAAAUGAGGUAUGAGACAACAGAAAAUAAAAUCACCUAAAGAUUAUUCUGUGCUGGCCAAAAAAUGUACAUUUUAUUGAUUUGUUUCUCCAAUAAAAUUACUGAUACCA